AUGCCAGAGAAUCUGAAUCUUCUUCAGGCUUUUUGGGGUUUUUUCUUUAUCUUCUGGACAGCUUUUAACACAACCUUAGUGGAUGUGGUUGGAUCGGAGCAGCAGAUCCCAUUGUCUGUUGUAAAGCUCUGGGCCUCAGCAUUUGGUGGGGAGAUCAAAUCUAUUGCAGCCAAGUACUCAGGUUCCCAGCUCCUGCAGAAGAAAUACAAAGAAUAUGAGAAGGAUGUUGCAAUAGAAGAAAUAGAUGGCCUUCAGCUCGUGAAAAAAUUAGCAAAGAAUAUGGAAGAAAUGUUUCAUAAAAAGUCUGAAGCUGUACGGCGUCUUGUUGAAGCUGCAGAAGAUGCUUACCUGAAACAUGAGUUUGAUGCUGACCUACAGUACGAAUACUUCAAUGCCGUGCUCAUAAAUGAACGAGAUGAAGAAGGAAACUACCUGGAGCUGGGAAAGGAGUUCAUUCUAGUGCCAAAUGACCACUUCAAUAACUUGCCUGUGAACAUCAGUCUGAGUGAUGUGCAAGUGCCAACCAAUAUGUACAAUAAGGAUCCAGCCAUUGUAAAUGGAGUGUAUUGGUCAGAAUCUUUAAAUAAGGUGUUUGUGGAUAACUUUGAUCGUGAUCCUUCUCUCAUCUGGCAAUACUUUGGAAGUGCAAAAGGAUUUUUCAGACAAUAUCCAGGAAUUAAAUGGGAACCUGAUGAAAAUGGAGUCAUUGCAUUUGACUGCAGAAAUAGAAAGUGGUACAUCCAGGCAGCAACUUCUCCAAAAGAUGUGGUAAUUUUAGUAGAUGUUAGUGGCAGUAUGAAAGGGCUUCGAUUGACUAUUGCAAAACAGACAGUUUCAUCUAUUUUGGAUACCCUUGGAGAUGAUGACUUCUUCAAUAUAAUUGCUUAUAAUGAAGAACUUCAUUAUGUAGAGCCAUGUCUGAAUGGAACAUUAGUUCAAGCAGACAGAGCCAACAAAGAGCAUUUCAGGGAACACCUUGACAAACUUUUUGCAAAAGGAAUUGGAAUGCUGGACAUUGCUUUAAAUGAAGCUUUCAACAUGCUUAAUGAAUUUAAUCACACUGGACAAGGAAGUAUUUGCAGCCAAGCCAUAAUGUUGAUUACUGAUGGAGCUGUGGACACAUACGAUACUAUAUUUGCAAAAUAUAAUUGGCCAGACAGAAAAGUUCGUAUUUUUACAUACCUGAUAGGAAGAGAAGCUGCUUUUGCUGAUAACCUGAAGUGGAUGGCCUGUGCUAACAAAGGGUUUUUCACACAGAUUUCUACCUUAGCUGAUGUUCAAGAGAACGUCAUGGAGUAUCUCCAUGUUCUGAGCCGACCAAAGGUUAUUGACCAAGAGCAUGAUGUAGUAUGGACAGAGGCAUAUAUUGACAGCACUCUCCCUCAGGCUCAAAAGCUUGCUGAUGAUCAGGGAUUGGUGUUGAUGACAACUGUUGCCAUGCCAGUAUUUAGUAAGCAAAAUGAGACUAGAUCUAAAGGGAUUCUUCUGGGAGUAGUUGGCACAGAUGUUCCAGUUAAAGAGCUUUUAAAAACUAUUCCAAAAUACAAGUUAGGUAUUCAUGGAUAUGCUUUCGCAAUUACAAACAAUGGAUAUAUUUUGACUCAUCCAGAACUCAGGCCUUUGUAUGAAGAGGGGAAAAAACGAAGAAAGCCCAACUACAGUAGCGUGGAUCUUUCCGAGGUCGAGUGGGAAGACAGAGAUGAUGUGCUCCGAAAUGCGAUGGUGAAUCGGAAAACAGGGAAAUUCUCCAUGGAAGUGAAGAAGACAGUGGACAAAGGGAAGCGGGUAUUGGUGAUGACAAAUGACUACUAUUAUACAGACAUCAAGGGUACUCCAUUCAGUUUAGGUGUGGCUCUCUCUAGAGGACAUGGAAAAUAUUUCUUCAGAGGGAAUGUAACUGUGGAAGAAGGGUUACAUGAUUUAGAACACCCUGAUGUAUCUUUAGCAGAUGAAUGGUCCUAUUGCAACACUGAUUUGCAUCCCGAACACCGUCAAAUGACUCAGUUAGAAGCAAUUAAACGCUACCUCACAGGAAAGGAGCCAUUGCUUCAGUGUGAUAAAGAAUUGAUCCAGGAAGUUCUGUUUGAUGCAGUUGUGAGUGCACCUAUUGAAGCUUAUUGGACCAGUCUAGCGUUGAACAAAUCAGAAAACUCUGACAAGGGAGUGGAAGUUGCUUUCCUUGGAACACGGACUGGACUAUCUCGUAUCAACCUAUUUGUGGGUCCAGAACAGCUUACCAAUCAAGAUUUCCUGACAGCUGAAGAUAAGGAAAACAUUUUUAAUGCUGACCAUUUUCCACUCUGGUACAGAAGAGCUGCUGAGCAAAUACCUGGGAGUUUUGUCUAUUCAAUCCCAUUUAGUACAGAAACAGCAAACAAAAGCAAUGUAGUGACAGCCAGUACAGCUAUUCAGCUUCUGGAUGACAGAAAAUCUCCAAUUGUUGCAGCUGUAGGUAUCCAGAUGAAACUUGAGUUUUUCCAGCGGAAAUUUUGGACUGCAAGCAGACAGUGUGCAUCUCUUGAUGGCAGAUGUGCUAUAAGUUGUGAUGAUGAAGCAAUCAACUGUUACCUGAUAGAUAACAAUGGAUUUAUUUUAGUGUCUGAAGACUAUAGACAGACGGGUUUCUUUUUUGGGGAGGUUGAAGGGGCUGUGAUGAACAAGUUACUAACAAUGGGCUCCUUUAAGAGAAUUACACUUUAUGACUACCAGGCCAUGUGUAGAACAAACAAAGAGAGUAGCGACAGUGCCCAUAGCUUACUGGACCCUUAUAAUGCCUUCUUUGCUGCAGUAAAAUGGAUUAUGACUGAGCUUGUCUUGUUCCUUGUGGAAUUUAAUCUAUGCAGUUGGUGGCACUCUGAUCUAACAGCAAAAGCUCAGAGGUUGAAACAAACCCUAGAGCCCUGUGAUACUGAAUAUCCAGCUUUUGUUUCCGAACGCACUAUAAAGGAGACCACGGGGAAUAUUGCUUGCGAUGACUGUUUCAAGUCUUUUGUUAUCCAGCAAAUCCCAAGCAGCAAUCUCUUCAUGGUGGUAGUAGAUAACGAAUGCUUCUGUGAUUCUAUCCCACCAAUUACCAUGGCACCUAUAGAAAUAAGGUAUAAUGAAUCCCUUAAAUGUGAGCGUUUAAAAUCUCAGAAGAUAAGAAGACGUCCAGAAUCUUGUCAUGGAUUUCACCCUGAAGAAAAUGCAAGAGAAUGUGGUGGUGUCUCAGGCCUUAGUGCUAAACCUCCUCUUGUUGUUCUUCCUCUGCUAUUGAUGAUUUUCUCAAGGUGACAUAGACUGAUGGGUUCAACUGGCAUGCUAAUACAUGGAUAAACUGUGAUCUGGGAAAUGGUGCAACACAGAGGACAUGAAAUAUAUUCAGAGCAUCAGCAUUUCAUGAUUUUAAAAUGUCGAUGAUAUAAUUUCUUAAAGAUACAUUGAAAAAAAGAUUUAUCUUUUAUCAUGCAGAUGUGAGUUUGGCAUAUGGCAGUCAUGAUUCAUCAACAAAAGGACUUGGUAGAUAGAGGUGACCAUUGCUUUGUCCCAUUAAAAAAAAAUUUAAAACUGUACUUUUUCAAUAAAGUAUAUUAAAAUCACA